CAGUUUUGGCCAAAAAACAUGAGAAUUUUUCAGAGACUUUCUCUUUUUGACGGAGUGGACCCGACCAAAAUUCUAGGUUCUGAAAAAGCUUUGGUCGCCAUUUUUGUUGCUUUCUUUCGCUCUGCAAAUUCAUUUGAGCUAAUUAGUCACAUCUUGCCAUUUAGGGUUUCAUUUUUUGUUGCAUUAUGAAUUUGGGGAAGGAAAUCUAGGGUUUUCCCACCAUCCAAACAUCCAUUUUUGUUGGACUCACCCCCCAACUCCUUUGAGCCAAGCAUUUCAAAUCUAAGGAAUAUUCAUGUUUUCUGGUGUGAUCGGAAUGCAGAGAAGAAAUCUAGGGUUUUUUAACAGCUAUCUUUUAUUGUCAGUUUUGUUGGACUCUCACUCUGCUGCUCCUUGGGGCUAAACAUGUCAGAUAUUAGGAUUUGAUGUUCUGAUAUAAGAGCACUAAUUGGAAUUCUGGGGCUUCCACAAAGCCCUAUUUGAUCCCCAAUUGGGGUGGAGUCUCACUGUGUAAUACCUGCGAGCUCAGCUGAUGAAAGGCUUACCGGUUAAGAGUUUUGUUUCCUUUUCUGAUUCAGAAGAUAAAUUGGAAUCUUAGGGUUUCCACUUAGCUCCAUUCGAUUUCCAUAUUUGGGUGGACUCCCCAUCUGCAAUACCUGCAAGCUCAUUUUUUCUUUUAUUUUUUUCCCUUUUUUAAUUCUGUUUAGGGCGUUCCCUUUUUGGGAAGGUGCCCUAGGAAUUGAGGCGAUGAAGGAUUUGCCUGGAACACCAGGAACUCUAAGCGGGCUUCUUUUGAGGUUAGGACAAUGCUUAUUUGCUGCUGCUUCAAUGGGGGUUAUGGUUACAGCAUCUGGUUUCUCGAACUACACCGCAUUUUGUUAUUUGAUGGCUUCAAUGGGACUACAAAUGCUCUGGAGCAUGGGGCUUGCAGGGCUUGAUGCAUAUGCUUUGAGAAUCAAGCGCGAUCUGCAAAACCCUGUCUUGGUCAGCCUCUUUGUGGUCGGAGACUGGGUUACGGCGACUCUAUCUCUCGCGGCAGCUUGCUCAUCAGCUGGGAUAACCGUGCUUUAUGAUAAGGACUUAGGUUUUUGCAAGACUCAGCAUAUGCCAUGCGAGAGGUAUUCGAUAUCAAUAGCCUUGGCCUUCAUGACAUGGUUUCUUAUUGAUAUAUCAUCUCUUAUCAUGCUAUGGGUCUUGGCCUUGUCCUCAACAUGAAUCUCAUUUUGGUCCCAUUUGUAUAGUAUUUAUUGGCUUCAGGUUUCAGGUCCAUGGAUUUCC